AUGAGUGUUGAUAUUAAGAACUGGCCUAACCCAGUCCAAGUGGUUAGAACUACUAGACCAAAUCCUACGAUCGAAGCAAUUAGAUCAAUUUUCUACAAUUCAGGGUUUACAGUUUCAGUCAUAUAUCUUUUAUUGGAGUUUAUAUUCAAACCUAGUCUAGAGAGGCAAUAUGAGCAACGAGUGGAUCUUAAUGGGAUAUGUUUAUUGCAAGUUCGUCAUUUAGUUGUUUCAUUACAGAAAAGACUAAAGACCACGCCAGUUUCUAUAAUUGGAUUUAAUGAAACAGAGGCUACGAUAGAGAAGAGCACGCAAACUGGUGAAGAUAAAAGGAUUAUAAGGGAUUAUGAUGAUCCUUGGGAAGGUAUCAAUGAUAAUUUGGAGCAAUGUUCCUUUAAACUAGACUUGUUCAAUAACGAUUGUGGAAGGCCAUCUAUAAUUGUUGAGAAUUUCACUGAUCAGACAAAAGUUUUAACAGAUCAAUUAAAUGACUACAAUCAAACGAAUAAUAAGCCUAAGAUUUCUCAUGACAUCACUCAAGGUAUUAGAGAGAUGAAAGGAUGGUUUGUCAACGGGGUUAUUUCAUAA